AUGUUCCACGUGACCACGGUCAGUAAAAGCACUGUUGAAGCUGUGGUCCAGUACUUCAGCGACCAGACAGAUGUGCCUCCCGAUUCAUCUGGGUUUUUUCAGAGAAUGGAAGACGACAACUCUAAGUCGGUCAUGGAGUGUGUGAGUUGUAAUUGUCAGGGAAAAUGGAGUCAUGCUCCGGUUUAUGUGGAAGUGAAGCUAUACAGAUUUGCCGUAUACAUUCCACCCAAGUAUCAUUGGCAUCUAUUAUAUGGAUACUGGUAUUGCGAUGACACGUAUUUUAGCCCCGGAAAAUCUAUGUGCGCUAAAUUAUUAGUUCAACCAAAUAUCAACCAAAUGGUUGACUUUCGACCCAGUGUGGAAUUACAAUUUCUCACUUUGUAAAAGACAAACAAAUUGCGUUCAGUCCUUCGUUUGUUGACGCAGUAAGUAGUUUCUAUGAAUAACCUCGACUACUGAGGGUAAGACACCAGUCGUUAGUUAUCCCAGGGGGCGGGGGGAAAGAAGUUUAGGGGGAUCAAUUGGCUUUUAGGAUGAACGGAGGGGGAAUCAGUCGUCGUCAAUAGAGCACAAGGGGGGAGGCUAUAGAAAAUUGACUGCCAAUUAACUGCCAGUUAUGACAUGAGACUUCAUAAGAAAAUUACAGAACCUUAAGGGAGAAUCAGGUAAAUUUUAUCGUGACACAACUAGAAUCCUCCUACAGCAAAGCUUUUUGCAUCGUAGUUGAGACCCAGUUUCACACUGUUUUAAAGAAAUCUGCACCAAGGUAAAAAAGUCAGCUUUCAAUUAUGAAUGAACUAAACUUCCCCCCUUCGGCAACCUUUUUCAGUCCAUUGUGAGGUUCUCAAAAGUGACAACCCAAUUCGCCAAAGAUUCGCAUAGAAGUCACACAAAACGGGUUAUCACAGUGUACUUGGAAAUUGUCAGAACUACAUUACAAUAACUUUGUGGCGACUAUUUCAUAAUAGCACUAAGUUACUUGGAACAUUAAAUCACCACGAGAUCGAUGAUGUGACAUGGAAAAGCGAGAUGGCUGAGCGAAGUCGUGUAGCUUUUAAUUAUCAGCCGUUUAGAGAUCAUUAUGUGGUCUAUUCAGUCUUAUAUCCAUAUAAUAAAAAUAAAAGCUUGUUACAAUGGGGAUCAAUUAAGACCCUGACUGUGGGCAUUUAUCAAAUCAGUUACCAUUCGCGAAACAGCUAGGCUUCCAAUCGCAGGCAACAGGCGACAACGAGUAAAUUUUUUCGACGUGUGUUUCUUAAGUAUCUACGAACGACAUGCAGGCUUCUUGGCUGAUUCAGUUUGUCUUUGUGACCCCUCAUGUAUUCCUGGUGUUGGUGGUGGCGAACAGGAACUUUUGUCGAAACAUUUUAAAAACUCAAGUCGGUAAGUAAUAGGCUUCGAGCCAGCUUCAUUACAUUUUGUCUCUGCAUCAACAAUGUCCACAUGCAAAUGUCUCCUAUCAGAUUUUGCCUUAAUUGGUCGCGUCAUCAGCAAAACUGAUGUUUUUGACGAGUUCAGUUUCACCUUAAAUGUAUGGGAAACGGUUGUUGCUAGUCAUGCAACAUGGAAUACUUAGUUUUAAGACACUGAUUAUUCAGUGCUAUGUUGAACGUGUGGUGACAAGGAAAGUCAAAUUUCGUUUAGCAUCGAUUGGGGGAAGUACAGCCAAAAAGAGUUUACUUAAACAAGGCAAGCAUCCGUUACGAAUGUUCUCUGCAAAGAGAGUUUUGAGGUGCGAUGCAUUAAAGCAAAAGCAUAUAGAAACGGAACGUAUACUUACGCAGAGGACCAUAACACCCUCAUCUUUGGGGGAAAAUGAGGAGAAUGUGGAUCCGAAGCAAAUUAAAUAGAACAAGGAAUUAUAUGAUUUAUCUUUUGGCAAAAAAAACAUUCUGAUGAUAAAAUUCAGCAUACAAUCUAACUGCCAUUAUUUGGCCAAGUUGCUAAGCACAGUUCAAAGUCACGGCAUCCACGGUAUAGUUUUCAACACAUUUGAAGGCAAAAGUGGAUGUGUAGGUUACUCUAUGAAAACGUUAAAUGCGGUGAGUUUGAUAACUCUCUACAUAACUUUUUUGAGACUGAGAGAAAAUUGAUUUGGUUUAUUUCCGGUUGCGAUUGUGGGUGCUUCAAACAAAAUCAAUCACUAGUUUUCACGAAAAAGAAAUUGAGAAAAUAAUUGUAGACGAUACAAAAUCAGUAAAAAGGAAAAAGACAAACAGAAAGCACUUAUAAGAGUUUUAUGAAUCUAACGACAAAAACGGAGAGCGGGUCAAACUUUAAAAGGUGUCCGAUGUAACUUGCCUAACCUAAAAUGUAAACGAGAAAAAAGAAAAGGACGACAGCUAGACAAAAGAUCAAAGAAAAAGCAAGGUGAAGAGUUGAAAUCUACAAGAAAGUUGACUUCGAUGGGCUAAAGAAUGCGAAGAAAAAAAGGCUGAAAAUUGAAGUUGUCUGUAACAGCACUGGUGAAGCUGUGGUCCAGUACUUCAGCGGUCAGACGGAUGCGCCCCCCGAUUCCUGUGGGUCUUUUCAAAUAACGGAAGGCGAGAACUUUAAGUCGGUCAUGGAGUGUAAGGGGUGGAGUUAUAGGGGAAAAUGUGGAUAUGCAGCUUAUGUGAAAGAGAGGCUGUACAAAUAUGCUGCAUAUGUUCCAUCCGAGUAUCAUUGGCAUCUUUUAGAAGGAUACUGGUACUGCGACGAC